AUGGCUACGAGGGAGUUACUCAUCGUUAUCCUCAAUCACACCAACGAGGAGCUCAUCGCAGAGUCCGAGUGGCCACCUCUCAACCACAGAGGAUGGAGCAAGACGCUAGACCUUCAGCCGCCGCAAACAAUUCUAGCGGGCGAGAGUGGUAUGCUGCGCUGCAAGUCGAGUCACAUAGGCGGAGGUGUUGACAGUUCAAUCACAUACCGCAUCGUCGGAUUCGAAGGGAGGAACGACGUUGCGUUUAUCUGGAGCGUCCCGUAUGUUGGGACAAACAAGUUUGACGCCUGUUGUGCUGUAUCUGACUUUACAGUCGAGAUCUUGGGCGGGCGGGGUAAGGAGGCUGUUGUUGUCUUUGUGUUUGGGCCGGCGAAGAUGGCAGAUGUUAGCCCGGGAGAUGCUGUGUGGGCAGCUGUGACUAGAAAUCCUGUCGAGUGCGCCAAGAGUCUUGUUGGUGGCUUCAAUCGCAAUUAA